AUGUUAACACGAUAUGGUAUGAGUACAUAUGUAGCAUUUGGAAAUCUUGGCAAUUUGUUAACUCUAGCUGUUUUUUCUCAAUCUGAACAACUUAAAAGUCCUUGCUCACUCUAUUUAUUAUCAAUGACAAUAUGUAAUUUAAUUUGUCUUAAUGUUGGAAUAAUUCCAAUAAUAUAUUCAUUAGAUCAUAUAGAUAUAAGUAGUCAAUUUGUAAUUGUUUGUCAAAUUCAAUUUUAUAUUCGACAUAGUUUUUUUCAAAUGAUGCGUACAUAUAAAGUUCUUGCAUGUAUUGAUCGUUAUGCUAUUUGUAGUGUUAAUGUUAAUAUUCGUUCAUUUAGCAAACGUAAAAUAGCUAUUUAUUUAAUUAUUAUUUUUGCUUUAUUUUGGUUAACAACAGUUAUAUUUUUUGGUUGGUCUCGAACAAUUGAAAAUGGUUCAUUUAUGAAAAGUUUAAAACAAUUAAGAAGUCGUGUUCAACCGAGAAUAGAAGAUAAAGAAAAAAGUCAAUCAAUAAAUGUACUUCGAAAACGUGAUAGAGAUUUAAUAAAAAUCGUUUUUAUUGAAGUUAUCUUUUAUGUUAUUAGUACAAUGCCAUUUUCAAUUUAUCUUAUUUAUAAAAUGAUGACAGAUUAUUUAAUAAAAAGUCGAGAACGAAAACAAAUUGAAUCAUUUAUUAAUUAUAUAUUUCAAUCAUUUAUUAUGUAUUUAAAUACAGGUUUACCAUUUUAUAUAUAUAUAUCAACAUCAUCUUCAUUUCGACGAGAUUUAAAAAGAAUUUUUAUUAAAUUUUAUGCUUUUAUUAUGAGAAAACAAAUAAGAUAUGAACUAGAUGAUUCUGUUCGAACAAUAACUAUACGUCAUUAA